AUUUUUUAGCCCUCCUGGAAGGUCAGGGUCUCCGCAUCGACGAUGCGGAUCGAUGUGGAGCCAGGGUUUCUCCACGCCGCUGGCGCCAAAAGGUCGCCGAUGCGUCGCCGAUGCAUCGCCGAUGCGCGUGCGAUGCAUUGGCGAUGCGGCGCGAUCCUCCGGCCCAAUCUGCUCGGACCUAAUCCAGGAGGCCUCCAGGUACGCUGGCGACAUGGCGCAAGGUUCCGCCUGCGCUGUCGCCUGCGGCGCGGGCACCGUGUACAGGAACUAUUUCGCCCAGGUGACGGACGCUGGCGACAGGGCCUUGCGCGAGGGCCAGAGCCGGCUGCACCAGGUCGACUGCCUCGCGGACCUCCUGGCCGAGCUCGGCCCGCACGGCGGCGCCGCUCCUGGCGUGGUCGUGCAGGGCGGGCGCCCGGUGGCCGACGAGGCGGGCCUCGAGGCGGCGGGCGGGGGGCUGGCGGGCCUGGGCGAGGAGGGCCGCGACCGCCUGCGCGCGCGGCUGCGCGUGGGGGUGCAGGCUGGCGUCGAGGUGACUGGGCGCUCGUGGGGCAGCGCGCUGGUCGGCGACCCCGGGCAGGUGGUGACGCAGGUGUUCUGCACCGCAUGCUCGGUGGCGCAGUCGCAGAGCCCCGCGGUGCUGUGGGAGCCCCUGGCGCGGCUGGUGCUGGAGGCGUCCUACGAGGCCGUGCUGUGGGUCGCGCUGGUCACGGCCGCCUUCCACAAGGGGGCGGCCGGGUCGCGCCGGCUCUUCCUGACGACGCUCGGGGCCGGCGCCACCGACAACGACAUGUCGUGGGUCGCCGAGGCCGUGCGGCGUGCCAUGGAGCGGGUCUGCGUGGAGAGCGGCGUGGCUUUGGAUGUGUUCGUGGUGGGCACGCGCGGCGGCUGCCCGCGGCCGCCCGCGCACCCGCUGCUGCACGAGCUGGCCGGCCGCUACGGCCGCGGGGGCGCCAGGCACGCCGCGCGGCGGGCGGCCCCCACGUUUCACAGGCUCGGAGGCGGGCCGCGCGGGGCAGCGGCCGCGCCUGCGACGGCGCAGCUGCCUGGUGGUAGUCGGUUGGCGGAGAGGAGGCAUGCUGCCCAAUACUUUCCAGAUGUCUAAAGGAUG